GUCCUCUCCCACAUAGCCGAUUUCGCACUACGAUGGUCCACGAUGGCCCAUCCCUCAAAAUCGGCGUUGGCUGUCGUGGACCGUAGUGUGUCAUCGUGCGAUUUCAGACCGAAAAUGGGUCACAACGACAUGGCGAGGGAGGAUCGCACGUCUACGCACGACUAUAUCGCAUACAACGACGACUGUCGAGCGGGCAUCGAGGCAUGUACACCCUACUCAAGAGGAUGAGGAGGAAAACGAGGAAGGCCAAGGAACGCAGUGUGUGGGUACGGCCAUACCUCACACGCCGUGCGUGGGUACGGCCAUACCUCACACGCCGUGCCUCACAUGGACAUUAUGACAACCUAAUGAGGGAGCUCGCCCUUGAAGACCCACAGCUAUACAGGAACUUCCUCCGCCUAGACGAGGGACAAUUCAACCAGAUCGUGGAGCGGGUGCGGCCACGUCUUCAGAGGGAGACAACAUUCUGGAGGAAGCCCUCGGAUGUUGGUCUACGUGUGGCUAUCACCCUGAGGUUCCUGGCUACCGGCGAAACAUACAAGAGCCUCAGCUAUGCCUUCCGUGUUGCAUCCAAUACUAUCAGCAAGCUGGUACCGGAGACGUGUAGGGCCAUAGUCGCAGAGUUUGGGGACGAGGUUAUGCAACUACCUACCACACCUGAGGGCUGGAAGGAGAUCGCCAGUGGCUUCGCAGAGAGAUGGAAUUUUCCCCACACCGUAGGAGCUAUUGACGGGAAGCACAUCAGAAUCACGAACCCUGCGCUAGGAGGCUCCAACUACUUCAACUACAAACGCUACUUCUCCAUCGUCCUGCUAGCAGUUGUUGACUAUGACUACCGGUUUACGUAUAUGGACGUGGGCGCCGUGGGCUCCGAGUCUGACGCAGGUGUCUUUGCCCAAUCACGCCUGUCAGCACUGCUAGACACUGCAGAAGCAAACCUCCCCCCUUCAGAGCCCUUUCUAGAGGAUCCCAGCGGACCCCCCAUGCCGUACUUUCUAGUUGGGGACGACGCCUUUGCCCUCCGACCCUGGCUACUGAAGCCGUACCCCUGCCGUGGCCUAACCCAUGAUGAACGGAUAUACAACUACAGACUCAGCCGGGCACGUCGCGUGGUGGAAAACGCUUUCGGGAUACUAGCGAAUAGGUUCAGAGUAAUGCAUUCACCCAUUAUGCUGAAGCACGACCGUGUCGAGGCCGUGGUGAUGGCUGCCUGUGUGCUCCACAACAUGCUGCGGUCUGGCUAUACAUCGAGCGGUGAGUUCGACACCGAGGACCCACAGUCCCAUGACGUGAUCCCUGGCGCCUGGAGGAAUGACCGCCCCCUCGAUGACAUCCCCAACCUACCAGGUGGCAACUGGUCGUCACAUAGUGGCAAGGACGUGCGGAACUACAUGCGGGAUUACUGCACCUCACCCACAGGCAGUGUUGCCUGGCAGGAGGCCAAGAUCUAAGACACGAACAGCCUCCGGUCUGUGCCUUUCGCAGGACCUGUCCGGGAACGCCAAGGUGACAGCAACUUCUGAUCGUCUGUGCUGGGCGAUGGAGUGGCGCGCCGCUUCUUGCCACGCCUAGCCUGGGCCUCCUCCAGGGCCGACCGUGGGCGGGUGGGUGGCGGCUCUUGGCGCAGGGGACCCUGGGCGUCAUCAUCCUCAUCACUCUCGCUGCUGACCGUCACCUCCUGGCCGCCCACGUGACCGUCACCUCCUGCCCGCCCACGUGACUGCAACCCCGAAGGCCCUGCGACGGCUGUGGGAGGUGGUGGCUGGGAGGCGUCCGCAGCGGCCUGCGUAGGGGAGAGAUGAAUUUAUUAUGUCUGUAUUACGUAUUGGUAUUAACAUACAGUCCCGUAGGCGGGCCGGAGUAGUCUCGUAUUUGUCGCUGAUGGCACUGGCUGGGGUCGGGCUUAUUGUAUGUGCCUCAGUCAGAGCCGCCAACGGCAGAUACCAGACCUACGGUGGCCCUGGAUACAUUAUCCCAUACCCAUGUUUUUUUAACUACACAGUGCUCGUCAUAAACAUAUACUGCCUGUCCGAUCAGGUAUCAACAAUGCAUAGCAGCAGUAUAUCCCAGAG